GCGCUGUACCAGGGCUGUGCCAGAGAAGCCCCUUGGUAGCGCUCUGGUUUUUCCUGUAGUUUCUCAGCUACCAGCAUGCAGGGACCCUGGGUAGGCACCUGGAGACCUCAUCCCCGAAGGGGCCCAAUCCUUGCAGAAUUCAACACUCCAGGUCCCAAGUACUUGAUCCCUGGGACAACAGGUCACCCGGGUCAUGACCCCACCAGGCAAAGAGCUCCUGCAUACUCUUUUAGAGGAACCAAAAGCACUUCCACGGAGAACUGCUCACCAGGACCUCGAUACUUCAUCCAUUCAUCCAUCACCAAUACUGGGAAGUAUGUGCCUCCUGCGGCGCAUGUGACGGGACGAUACAAGACCAAGAUUGCGGUCACCCCAGGACCCAGUGACUACACCACGGAACCUGCUGAUAAACAUGUCUACCAUACCGCACCGUCGCAGACCAUGGUAUUCCGACCAAAGGACGCAAAAGGUUCCCAAACGCCAGGUCCUGGCUCCUAUAGCCUGCCCAGGAUUCUGGGACCCCGCACAGUAUACACCCGUGCCGAACCGUGCUACUCUAUGAGAUGGAAGAGUCAAUACCAGAGCUGUUUUCAGGACAUGGCAAAGACUCCAGGUCCUGCAGCAUUUGCCAAGGUGGACCUAGACUUUUACAAACCCAAAGCUCCCAAGUACACAAUGGGACUUAAAACCAAUCUUGCUGGCAAGGAUAGAUUUCCAGGUCCAGCAGACUACAGCCUUGGAAAGGUAUCACUCAUCAAAGGCCGGGAUCCUGCUUACACUUUUGGACUCCGACAUUCUCUCUAUAAAGCUUCUUUAAUGCCAGAAACACAUCUUGAUUAAAGACAGAGAACCUGUAGAGAUAUUCUUCUGUUCCUCCUUUGUGGCAGCGGGGGUUAUGUGCACCUGGAUGCAGACCACUGGCUCUCACUGUCUCAUGUCUAUGCCUCAGUCAAAACAUGGCAUGGUGAGGGGAGAGCAGCGAGAUAACAGUGUGAGCCAGGCUGACAUCUCCAACAGCACCAUUUCACCUAACCAGAGCAAAACACUGUGAAAGCUUUCCAGCCCUGCCUUGCACCUCUCAUCCCAUGGCCCAUCCUGGCCCCAAGGACAACGCCCAUCUCAGCAUCUCCCUUUCCAGUGCACACAGGUGGCAUCUGCCCAGGGUGUGCCUAGAAACACUGCUGCCCUGCAUCAUCUCUUGCCACAUGCAGGGGCUCAUUUCCACAGGCAAGUCCCCAGACCACUGACAGUUAAGGAGAAGGAACCAUUAUUGCCAUCUAAAAAUACAAUCAUCAUAGGAUCCUGCAACAGCCCAGGUGGGAAGGGAUCUUGGAAGGUGACCUCAUUUGGGAAAGGCAGCCUGGAAGAGACUAACCAGCACCCAGCCAAACUCAAACUUGAUUGUGCCCAGUGAUGGGACUCUACUGCGUCCUUGGGGAGGCUGUUUUCCCCUCUGGCUAAGUGUUGAUGCCAAAUGGAAUUGUCCCUGAUUGUUAGGGAACAGGGUGGGAACUAGUGCAGGCAGUCUCACUGUUGCUCCAAAAGGAGCCUCUCUCA